AUGGUUGCUAGGGUGACAGCGAUACAACAUGGCGGCCGGAUCCUAACGCUUUCUGUCCAGGAGCCAGCGCGGAGGUCCCGGUUCAGGACCCUGCCUCAGAGGAGUGGAAGCCAGGGGGCCUCCCUUUCUGCCCCUUUCUUCUCCGCCCAGUGUCGGCAAGGGCUUGUCGUCGACUUCCGCAUCCAGGAUGAAGAUAUCGAGCAAGUGAACAGUCUACGGGAGAUACAAGCACUGAGGCGCCUGAACCCACACCCGAACAUCCUCACGUUGCACGAAGUGGUUUUUGACAGAAAAUCUGGUUCUCUUGCACUAAUAUGUGAACUUAUGGACAUGAAUAUUUAUGAGCUAAUACGAGGGAGAAGACACCCAUUACCGGAGAAGAGAAUUACAUGCUAUAUGUACCAGUUAUGUAAAUCCCUUGAUCACAUGCACAGAAAUGGAAUAUUUCACAGAGAUGUAAAACCAGAAAAUAUAUUAAUAAAGCCUCGGGGCUUCGCCGCUGGAUGGAGCAGCGGCCCGGGAGAAGGGAAGGGGCUGGUCUCCCCCAGAGGCGAGGAGGGUGUGGGGUUGAAGAGGCCCAGGGAGGGGCAGGGUGGUGCCCGAGUGCUCCGAGCGGAUCGCGAAGGACGAGCAGGUGCGUUUAAGGUCGGCCUUCAGCCCCUCUUCCCCGGAGCCAACGAGCUGGACCAGAUCUCAAAAAUCCACGACGUCAUCGGCACACCUGCGGAGAAGACUCUCACCAAGUUCAAACAGUCGAGAGCUAUGAGUUUUGAUUUUCCUUUUAAAAAGGGAUCAGGAAUACCUCUACUGACAGCCAAUUUGUCCCCGAAAUGCCUCUCCCUCCUGCACGCAAUGGUGGCCUACGACCCCGACGAGAGAAUCACUGCCCAUCAGGCCCUGCAGCACCCCUACUUCCAGGACCAGAGGGCAGUGGAGAAGCAGGCUCUGGCCAGCCACAGGAAGUCCGUCUUCUCAGAGUGCCCCGUGGCUCCGGAACUACUCCUUAACGGCUGGCAGACUUCAAAGGAGGGCAGCAAACAGAAACCGUCCCUAAAGCCAGAGGAGGACCCUCCCACGAGACAGGGACCCGCCUGCCUGAUGCAACUGCCCAAACUGAAGCUUUCGGGAGUGACCGAACUGGCCUCGUACCCCAGCCCCGUGCUGCACUCCGUGUUCGGACCCGGAGCGAACAGCAAAGUCCCGGUGCCGAGGCCCCUGAAGUUUGUCGGCACAAACCAGAAGGCAGACCCGCAGAAGGACGUGAAGCCUAACCUGAAACAGUGUCGUCUGCCCUCAAUAGGGAGGAGAGGCGGCCGCUACUGA